CCGUUUUUUUAUCUUAAAGAAUCGAGCAACGGUUGCGUUUGCCGUUACGCACGAUGUAUAUGAUGAACAAAGGGAGCAGAUUAACAGUCAGCAACGAAGCGCCUUUUUUUCUACAGCACAAUAGAUUUUUCAGGCCGAUCGAAGAAACUGGUUUAUCUACAGCGAGCUAUGUGUUGAUUUUUUUUUAACUGACCCAGUUAAGCAUCCUACUUAUGGUUUCGUGCGUUCUUUAGUACGUGUUCGAUCACGGCUGUCUUUUUUAAGACAAAAGAUAUUGCGUGUUUGAAAGAAGUUUUGCAUCGAAACCGUCUGUGGUACGCCCUACAGGGGUGUAGGGUUACAGUCGAGUCCCCUCCCCUUCCUCUUCUCAACAAAACCCCCCACAAGAGGCGUACACGGCGGACUGAUCCGAGUUUUCACCGCUGAUUUCUGGAACUAGGGACCAAAUUUCGCAGUCUUUGCCGAUUUGAACGAUAUAGAUAACAGUGUUUAUAGCCGGGUCAUCUGCUAACCAGUUCCGCACAGGCGUCUACAGAUCGACAUAUAGGCUACAGCCUUUUUUGAGCUCCUGCAAACUACACAACGCACUUUAGCUUAAUUUUAAAUCGAAAAUUUGAUGUAAUCGAUAGUAUGUUGUUGCAGUGGCUGUCUACGGCCAUCGCCCAGCAUCCGAGAAACCACUUCAAACCGUUUACCCAAUGGCAGACGGGCUCGGCCGCGCUCACUUAUAACGCGGGUUAACAUUUUAAUCUCGUCGUUUCAACCCGAUCGGAGAUAAACAAAAUCAGGCGUGAAUGAUUUUGUCAGAGAGGAACAGGUGCAGGAGAUUAUAAACCAGACCGUCGAUCGGACGAGCAGGAGAUAAAACCGUAUCCAGCCGUCGGAUAGAGAAGCCCCCCCCCCCCAACAGCCUCACUUCACAGCUGCUCUCCGUGUUUGGCCUCGGAGGAGUGAAAUUCGGCCUCUACAGGAGUGUGAGGGGCGACGAUUACGAUGAGGAAGGACACACAACAGCUGUUGAUGGGCGACAAAUGUCCUUAGAAAAAUACUCCCGGGACGAUUUUGUAGACUGGCACGUUAGUUUGAAUGGCAAAUGAACUUGUACAUAAGUGACUUGGACGUGGAGCUAUGUCUGGACUGUGCCCAGUGAGCCUCAGAUGAUCCCAGACCCAACCAUAUUGAUGCACUUUAGCGCCUUUCCGGAGCCUUCCCUACGCGGCCCAACCCGCAGCUGAUGACCAAAGCGCCCGUGCCCGGACUCCACCCUGAGCCUCGCGCUGCCGCCAGCUCCACCCUCGCCCCCCCGCCAAGCCCCAGGAGGUCCCAGGAUGUUCCAGAGGUUCACCAGUGUUUUGUUUGGGGACGAUGCAGAGGAACUGAGGCAGUGCAGUGGGCCUGGAGACCAGAAGGGGGAAGAGGAUGAUGAAGAUUGGAUUCUGGUGGACUACCUGGCUGAGUCCUGCUCUGGCCCCUGUGGCGAUGGUCUCGCCCCAUCUCCUGCUGACCCCGAGGAGGAGGAAGAGGACCUGGUGAUGGUUCCCUCCCCGAUGGCCAGCCCCCCAAUCCGCUAUGCCUCCUGCACCUCUCUUAACUCCACAGCUGACACCGAUCCCGAUGGGGGACCUGAGGAGGAGGAUGUAGAGGAAGAGGAGGAAGGGGGCUUCCUACGCCUGGAAGCCUGCUCCCUGGAGGAGAGCUGGUUCAUCACACCUCCUCCCUGCUUCACGGGCCGUGGCAGCCAGCCCGUCCUCCUGGAGACCAGCCCCUUGGAGAACCUGCUGAUUGAGCACCCCAGCAUGUCCGUGUAUGCCCACCACAGCCCCCCAAGGCUGGCCCUCAACCCCUUACCCCACUCCCUCAGCCUAGGCCUGCUGCCUGGAAAUGUGCCCAAGCCUCCAGCCUCCAAUGGUGGGAAGGAAGACGUGCCUUGCCACAGGUCAGAGGGGGCAGCUGUCCAACGCUGCACCAGCUUCCAGGCGGCCUGUUAUGCUGCAGCGCUGUCUGCCCAUGCUGGCCUCCUCCAACAGGUGCAGCAACAACCUGGCCGCUUGGCACCACGUGGCCAGCCCCUGUCCCGCAACACCAUGCGCCGUCUCAACCUGCUGCGUCAUCCCGGUGGCACCAGGCAGAGCAAGGCCAGCACCAUGUACCUCCAGCAGCCCAGCCAGAGGCACCUCAACUUCUGAGGAGAGGGUAGCAGUAAUAUUCUUCUUCUUCUUCAUCAUCAUCAAUCUUCCCCCUUCUACCAGCAUAACAUACAGUUUGGGAAAAUUAUCACCACAAUCCUUUGUCCCAUGUAUCCAUCCAUCCAUCUCUCCUCCUGUUGGAACAGCUGGUAUUCCCAGGAUUUCGGGGAACAUUUUCUUCUUCAUAGACGCCAUCAUGUGUAGAAUCAAUGCUGUAGGUCACUUUACUCAAUGGCAGGUUCAAAGUCUCCAUGGCAGAAUGGUCAGUGUGUUGACAUCGCUUAGAGUGGUCAUGUGAUGUCACAGUGAUGUGAUUGGGUGGUAGUUGGGUCUCAGGGGUAAUUUCGGGCCGUCUCGAGGUGCUGACAUGCUUGGCAACUUUUUGGGCAACUUGACAGGACAACAGGAAGAGAUGGGUGACGUAUGGUUAAAAUACACAGCCUUUGAUAGCUGAUGGUACAGUGUUUAAAUGCGGACCCUUGGAAAAGUGUCCGUCUCCUGUUCUAUAGGUCCUGUUUGGACAACAAGAGGUUGGGAUGUAAUCAAUGCAAGAGUAUUGAAACCUCACCUUUGGCAACGUUGAUCUGCAAGAUUGCCUAAAAAGCUGCCAUUCGUAUCAUUAACUUUAGAUAAAGCUGUCCUAGUAUUGUGUUUUAGUGGCGUGCUGAGGUGAUAUCAGGGCAAGGAUGCGAUUCAAUUACCAGCAACCAACUGGUAACUUAAGAGUAGCAGCCGUUUUGUAAGGUAGCCAUCCAUCAGUUGUUGGCCAUAUCCUAUUACUAAGCUGUAGUAGGCUCUGAAAACAUUGAAGUGGUUGUCAAAUUCUGAAACUAACCAUCCAUAGUGGCUAAUGGAAAAAAAACCAAGUCAUUGCCUUUCCCAAGAAUUAAGCUGGGUUCUCCUUUCUCAGAAUUCCUACUUCUUUAGCCCCAUCUCUGAGUCUUGGAAAAUGAUGCUACUGCCACUUGUAACAAUGAAAUCAUGAUGUUUCUUCAGACGGCUAAAUUGUGCUCUUUAAAAUUCAGCAACCCCCUUUCCUUUGUGCUGUGGGCGAACUUGCCUUUGACUUUGUAAUUCAGUACUUUACACAAUAUUUUUUUGAAGAAAAAAAAGUAAAAAUUACUGGGUUAAAUAUCACUAAUCGCCUUGUUUUAAUGGUAGCUUUGAGAUGAAAAGAAAUGUAAAAUGUAUUUAAAAAAACUUCCAAAAUAUUUUUUGAAUAGAAAAAAAAACAUAUUACAUAUCAGUAUGAAGUUGGUAUAUAUGCGUCUAUGUUAUCUUGCAUAGGUAUGUUUGGUUAUAUUAGUGUGCAAUUUGUUGCAUGGUUGUAGAGUUGUGAUAGUGUCCAGAUGGUUAAAAAAAAGAAAGAAAAGAAAAUGAAUCUUUUGUUAUUAAUAUCUUGUGUUUGUUCUUAAAAUAAUCUGCAGUCCACAUCUCAGGGUCACAACCAAUCACCUUUACGAUAUACAAAAUUGCAGAUUUACUUGAUGUCUGAUAAUUGUCUUUGUGCAUAUCGGGAACUUUGCAAGUACAUCCCCGGUAUGCCUGCCCUCAUGAAAAUGUUGGUUAGCAAUGAUUGACUCCUUUUGCAUCUCAAAAGAUUUAUCCUUGGUCCCAGGACUGUGAAUAAUAACUUUUAUACAAUCUCAAUUGACUGUUUGAUAUCCAUCAAGAUGGAGUAUAACUGUAGGUCCUUGUCAGCGGUGUUUAUAUAUUUUGCUCAGUGUACCAUACAUGGUUUUAGAGUUAUAGUUUAUGCCUUUUACCAAUCCUACUCUCUGUAGUUACUAAUUUAGUUACAUUUUUGUUAAAACUGUUAAAAUAUUUAAACCAAAAAGUAGAAAACAUCUUUAUUCUUGCAGUAGUUCAUCAUAGAUUGUCUUGUUUGCUAACAAUACUGACUUUGCAGACAAGCCCGCGCCAAAUCCUCCAGGAAUAUUUCAUUGCAAAGAAAGCCAUCUUAAUAAUCAAUAAACCUUGUAUUGAGUCACAGAGUCCUAUUUUGCUCAGAAUCAGUGAAGAUAUAUCUGCAUAUAUAUGGGGAAUGAAUUAUCACUCGUUUUAAGGCAGAAAUCAAUAUUUCUGGAAUCAAGUGAUGCUGUUUGAAAAGGGCUGAAGAGCUCUGCAAAGCUUUGUCAUACUUCACUGGGGGGAGGCUCUUUAGUUGUUGUUUAUGAGAUUGUACGACUCAGUACAAGAUAAAAUCACAUUAGAUGGCGAGUCUUUGCGUUGUAGUUCUUAAGUCUCAAAUCUUGUCUGAUUUUAAUUCUGUCUCUUAACUGACUUUUUUGUUUUUGUUUUCCUUUCUUCUGUGGUCAUGUUGAGAUGGGACAUCCAGUCCAGCUGUGUGAGGUCAUGGUAGCAUUAAGAAAGCACUAACAAGCUCUUGUUAGCAGUCUGUGGUCUGGUGUAAAUACUUGUGAUGAUAGUGGAGUGAUUUCUUCCUGUUGUAUCUUUCUAACCUCGUGUUUUCAAACGUCUCUUACUAUCACGCUUGUUAAUGGAUGAGUAAGAGUUUGUUCUUUUUUUUGUUUUUUUAAGUUUUGUGUUACGAUGUCGUGAAAAAGACAUGAAGACAGACAGAAGGGGGACGGAGGGGGGCGGUGAAGACCCACCACGUUGUUAUGGUGACAAGCGAUCGCUCGGGGGAUCUAUCUUGUUUCUUCUCUCUGUCUUAGCUCUUGAUCGUGAAACUAACAGGGAUUUGAAUGGGUGUUUUUUUGUUGUUGUUGUUGUUUGUUUUUUUUUGUCUUUUUCAACGCCUUGAAAUUUGUUGUGGAUCACGUGCCUUCCAGGUUGAAACAUUUAUAAUGACAAUGCAUCGAUGAAGAACUAACUUGAACUCUUUGCGUCCAGUGUGGACGUAAUGGACAUGAGAGAAAGAGAGAGAAAAAAAAGACGUCAAAAAUCAACUAUGCACCACUGGAGGAAGCCUCUCUUCACUCUCCACGACACGCCCAGCCCAUGUACAGCUUUUCUAACGAAACAAAAUGAUGUAGCAAUCCUGUUCUUGAAAGCGUGAAGAACGUGGCAUUUUUUUUUCACCAAGUGUUUGACAUUUUGCUUUUGUGUAGUUUACUGGAAAUAAUACAGCACUUUGCCAAAAAAAAAAAAAAAAAGGUGUAGGAAAUUUAAGGUUAACUCUUUUUAUUUAUCAACAUAACCUUUUUUUUCUUCAAUGUAAUUUGAACGUAUGACAGGAUCAGUUCAUUCUGUUAUGAUUAAAAAAAUUUGAUUAAAAAGAUUGGGGUCAUCUGUUGUCAAACUGUAAUAGUUAAUACACGUGAUCUCUUAUUAGCCUCCAAUAAAUGUUUUCGUACACAUUCACCUCUUGUUUUUUUCUGUU